AUGGAAACUAGCUCGAUUCGGGAUGAAUCCGAAAUCAUAUCAGGAAGCAAUAUAGAAUUUCUAGAAAAUCAUCAGGUUGGUAAAUUAGUAAAUACUGCUUUGGGAUAACAUCACUUUAUACAAGAAGCUUAAACAUUAGAUUCACUAAAAAAUCAAUAGAUUGAAGGAAGUGAGCAUCAUCAAAAUCAUAGUAUGGUAAAAUCUUACGAAUCCUUCCGUCCCAAUUUUAAUCGAUCUAAAAUAAAAUUAGAGAAAUGCUUGAGUUUAUCUUCCCGUAUAGAGAGGGAUAUUGAUUACAUGCAAAAUUCAAAUAAGAAUAAUGCAAAAAAGACGAUAACCAAAGAAUGUAAAAAUAAUCAUAGCUAAUAAAGACCAAAGUAUAUGAGUAGCACUAUUGUCUCUAGAAAUUUCAACUAGAAUAGUAAAAAUAUAUAGCUUACAAAAUAUCUAACUUAAUCUACUUUAUCACUUGGUAAUCACGCAGAUUAAAAAUUAAGCUCUAGUAGAUAGUAAAAAAGUUAAAAAAAUAAGGGAUAAGACAAAAAUGAUAUUGAAAAUAGAAAAUAAAAGAAGCAAAAUUUAUCAAUGAUACCCAUUCAUGACAGAUUAUUUCACCAGGGUAUGAUUUAAAUCAAGAAACGAAAGGAAGUAGAAAAUAAUAAAAAUGUAUCAAAGGAAAGAAAUAACUAAAACUAUCUUAGCCCUAAAACUCCAAGAUAAUAAUUCAGUAGCUUCAAUGAAUUUAUGGAUGGGGAUAAUAUCACAUUAAAGAAUUAUAAUGAUCAAGACAGAUAAAUUAGCGAUUCUAAAAACCACUCAAAACCAAGAUCAGAAUAAAAGGCUUCAUUAAACUUUAUCAGUCCAGUCAAGAAAAUCUAAAAGUAAAAAGAUUUACCUAAUUUUAAACCAAACAUUUCAUAAUAUGCCUAGAGCUUAAAAAGAACUUUAUCAAUUGAUGAAAAAUUAUUCUUAGAUGCCUAAAACAGAAUGAGAAAAAUUCUUACUAACGAAGUGACAAAUAAUAGUAAAUGUGAGCUUAAGAGUUUUAUAAGCGAAAACUCUCUAUCGAUUUUAAAAACAAAGCUGCAAAGCAAUAUCGAAAAACUGUAUGUAUCUUAAUUAAACGAUAAAAAGACCAAAGAGGGACUUGACAUUAAAUAAACUUUUUCUAUAUUAGCCUAGCUCAAACUUAUUAAUCCUAAUGAAGAUAGUAUUCAAAAAGUUUUCAUCAAUUUUGCCUAGCAAUACUCUAAACCGAUUAACCUUAACUGUAUAGAAUAUCUUUGCCUUGUCAUUGCUAAUAUUCAGAAUCACAAUGAUUAAUUUAUGAAGGAAACACCUUUUCACGAUUUAGGAUUGAAAUUAAGAUAACUUUCUUAGUAUCCAAUAUUAGCCAAGAUAAAUGAGGAUAUUACCAAAUCAAAAAAAGAAAAAAUGAAAUAAUACCUUUCGACUCCUUUUAGUUUCAAACCAGAGAUCAAUCAAAAGUCUUAGAAAAUUUUUUAAAAAGUUUAAGAUGAAAAUUAUAAGAAUGCUUCAAUAGGUUUGACAUAAUCUAAAUAGCUCAAAGAAAAUGUUAGAAUUAUGAAACUAGAUAAUGAUUAAAAGAAUGAGUAUACUUUUAAGCCAAAAAUCUAAUCAAUCGUUCCAAGAGAAAUAUUGAAACCUUCUCUAAAUGAUUAAUUAGCUGAAGCUUUUUAACAGGAAAUAUUACUUAGAGAGAACUCAGAUAUAUUAAACAAAAUGAAAGAAAAAAACUAAAAUCUUGAGGUAUGUUCUGCUCAAUAUAAUUACUUCGAUACUUAAAUAAAUCAAAGCAGUAGAAAGAAUAAUUUGAAUAGUAUAGCAUUAUCUCCAAAGAGAGAGGCAAAAUUAACAAUCGACCUUUAAUUUCCUUAAAAUCAAAGAGUCAAGUUAAACAUUUAUGAAGGGGAUAAUAUUGAGAAAGCUGUUACUAAAUUAUGCAGAGCUAAGGGGAUUAAUAGCUAAGUUGAUUUACAGCAGAUAAAAAAUCAUGUCAAUAGUGUUAUUAAUAAUCUCUAGAUCAGCUCUUGA